AUGCCCCCUCCUCCUCACCCUCACCCUCCUCCUCCCUCCCACCAAGCACAAGCAACAUCAUCAUCCACCGCAUCCCCAUCCACAUCCUCCUCCUCCUCCUUCCCCGCAGAAGCCGCCUCCCCCCUCCUCUCGGCAUUCACGUCCUUCCUCACCAUCGCCAUCCACUCCAUCCUCUACCACCGCGCCCUCUACCCGCAAACCUCCUUCCUCGCCGCCCGCGCCUUCAACCUCGCCGUCCGCCAGUCCCGCCACCCGGGCCUCUGCGCCUGGAUCAACGACGCCGUGGCCGCCGUCUCGUCGCGCCUCCGCACGGGCUCCGUCUCGCGCAUCGCCCUCGUCGUCCACGGCCCCCCGCCGAACCUCGCCGUCCGCGAGAGAUGGAUCUUCGACGUGGGCCGGUUUCCCAACUUCUGGGGCACCCCUGCGGAAAUACGAGCCGCUGCACGAGCACCGCCGCCUUCGCACCAGCUGCGUCCAGACGAACAACAGAUGGGCGGUCAAGGCGCGGACAGCCCUGAAAAGAUCAACUGGGCAGACGUCCACGAGGCCCUCAGGGCAGCCCUCCAGAGACUCGCCUUUGCGGCCCAGGCGGAAGCAAAGUUGCCCCAGGGAUGCACAUUCACGCUCGCCGUAGAACUCAGAGAGGACGCCGAGGCGCCCAUAGGACAUCCCCAGGAAUGGAUCCCUUCCGAAGCUCAUCUCCAACCACCAACAAAGGAAAGGCCCGACCAGGGAGAAGCCCUCCGCGGUGCGUCCACCAGGCCCAUCCGCUCCGUGAGAGCGAACCCGCUCUUCUUUGAAUGCUGGUUAGAGAGAGGCUCCGAGGCGCCCGACGACGACAGCAGCACCCAGUCCCACAUCGGUACCUACAGCGCAAGCUCCUCGUGA